AUCUAUUAUCUGUAGCAUAAACGCCAUUUUGUAAUUUUGAGCAUGUUGAUCCGCUUGCAAAAAUGAUUUUCUUUUUACGUUUAUGUAGUUUUUGUGAAGUUAUUCUGUAAUAUUAGAAAGGCAUAAGAUAGAUUUACCAAAAUGGAUUUGCCAGAAGUGAAAGCGUUCAAUGCGGAGUUAUCCGGAUUGUACGACAACAAACCACCUAUAUCAAAGGCGAAGAUGAGUGCUAUCACCAGAGGUGCUAUAAAAGCCAUAAAGGUCUACAAGCAUGUCGUGCACAGUGUGGAAAAGUUUAUACAGAAGUGCAAGCCAGAGUACAAAGUGCCUGGUCUUUAUGUGAUAGAUUCUAUAGUGCGUCAGUCACGACAUCAGUUCGGGCAAGACAAGGAUGUGUUCGCUCCGCGCUUUGCGAAGAAUAUGCAGCAAACGUUCGCUAACUUGUUCAGAUGUCCGCCUGAAGAUAAGAGGAACAUAAUCCGAGUGCUGAACCUGUGGCAGAAGAACAAUGUGUUUAGUCCUCAAGUCAUACAGCCGUUGCUGGACAUGGCUGACCCCAACCAUCCCCUGCAUCAGGAGAUACAGCAACAGCAGAACAACACUGCCAAUGGGAGCAGUCUAAACAUAAGUCACAAUACAAUGGACGGGAAGUCUUCGCCUGGACCAGCGCCCCUUCACUCACCACACACAUCCUCACCCAUGGGGGAUCAGUUCCAGGACCAGCCGUCCGGGCAAGGCAUGAAGUUCAACCGUAAGCUACUGAACGACUUUGAGUACGAGAGCGAGGAUGACGGGCCGGCAGAGGCGGCAGCGCACUCCUCCACGCACUCCACACACUCCACCCAGUCCGCCCACUCUGCGCAGGCGCCGCCGCAACACCCGCAGCACACGCAACACGCGCCACACAACAAUACGCUCGGGCAGCACCCGCCGCAACACAAUACCGCGGACGCGCUCGGCAGCAUACUGACAAACCCCGAGAUUAUGAGACAACUGCAGAGCUUGCAGGCGCAGAUGCAACUCAUGACUGGUAUGCAGAUACCUAACCUAAUGCCCAUGAUGACAGACAUGCAAUUGCAACAAACGCAAAAUCAAAACCCAUUUUUGACAUCACAACCGGAGCAACAGAAGGAGGCCAAAGAUGACAUAGCCAAUGAAUCUGACAUCGAGUUUGUGGAGACAGGUCCGCAAGUUAUAGAAAUACCUGACGCUAAUGAUUCAAGGAGCCCGUCGCCGCGCAGCCGGCGCGCGCGCUCGCGCUCCAAGUCGCCGCGCCGCCGCCGCCGCUCGCGCUCGCGCAGCGCGCGCCGCCGCCGCGACCGCGACCGGGAUAGAGAUAAAGACAGAGAAAAGGAUAGGGAAAAAUCGUACAAAGAGCGAGAAGCGGAAAGAGAAAAACAGAGGGAGCGAGAGAAAAAAGGACUGCCGCCGAUCAAGAAAGAAAACUUAAGUGUGUGCAGCACGACCCUGUGGGUGGGCCACCUGUCGAAGCUGGCCACGGCGGAGGAGCUGUCGGACCUGUUCGGCGGCGUGGGCGGCGUGGCCAGCAUCGACCUCGUGCCGCCGCGCGGCUGCGCCUUCGUGGUCAUGGAGCGCCGCCGCGACGCCGCGCGGGCCCUGCGACAUCUGCACAAACACAAGCUGCACUCCAAGGAGAUAACGGUGGCGUGGGCGCCGGGGCGCGGCGUGAAGGGCCGCGAGUGGAAGGACCACUGGGAGGGCGAGGUGGGCGUGUCGUACCUGCCGUGGGGCGCGCUGCACCAGCGCUGGCUGCUCGGCGCGCUGUCGCUCGACGCGCUCGAGGACGGCGGCGCCGUCGACGAGGACACGCUGCCGCCCUGGCUGCCGCCGCGCAUAUUGCCGAAAAGCAUGAUGGAGAUCCCGUUGUUGUCGGGCAUGCCGCCGGUGUCGGGGCCCGGCAUGUUGCCCGCCAUGCCGCCGGGCGCGCUGGCCACGAUGCCGCACAGCGCUCUGCCGGCCAUGCCGCCCGGCACCAUGGCCACUCUACCUCCAGGCGUGGCGGGCGUGGCGGGCGUGGUGCCGACGAGCGUGGCGGGCGCGGGCGGCGCGGGCGCGGCGCUGUCGAGCGCGCUGGGCGCCGCGCCCGCCGUGUCCGUCGCCGUGCCGAGACUGCCGCCGCCGGGGAUGACGGCGGCACUACCACCGGGCUUGGCUGCAGGUUUACCACCAGGCAUCAGACCGCCUAGCUUACCAGCAGGUGUUCCAGGUAUGGUAGGCGGAUUCCUAGUGGGUAUGGGCGGGCUGGUGGGGGGCGUGCUGCCUCUACACGCGCACACGCAGCACGCCGCACACGCACAGCUGCUGUCGCAUGCACACCACGUGCCUCCGCAGCACGCGGCUGAGCCGGCGCAGGCGAGUCAGGCGGCGAGCGCGGCGCCGGUGCCGCCGGGCGCGGGGCCGGGCGCGGGCUCCGGCGCGGCGGCGGGCGCGCUGGCGGGCGCCGACGACGCCAUGGAGCUCGACAACGACGACGCGCCGCCGCCGCCCGCGCUGCUGCCCGACCAGAUUCAAGCUCUUCUAUCAAAGCCUCCGCCAAACUUCAACUCUGCCGAGCCGCCGCCCGGUUUCAACGCGUCGGAACCACCCCCAUUCAAUGCGCAAGCGCAGUCCGAGGACAAGGAAGACGAUAGAAAGAAUGAUCGCGACCGAGACAGACGGGAUCGCGAUCGGGACAGGGACAGGCGUGACCGGGAUAGGAGAGAUCGAGAUAGGAGGGACAGAGAUCGAGGAAGAGAUAGAGAUCGGGAACGAGAUGACAGGAGAGAUCGCGACAGAGACCGCGGCCGCGAGAGACGGGACAGAGAUCGCGACCGGGACAGGGAUAGAGAACGAUUCGGAUCUAGGGAAAAUAAUCGGGAAAUAUCGCGCGAUAAAUCGCCACGCAACACUGCCAACGUCGACAACGAGAAAUCCCUUCAAGAGAGGCUGUGGGAGAUGGCGAACGGCAAGCCCAACCCGCAGGGAGACAAGCACGAGGAGUUCCCUGAGGAGAGGGACCAGCAGCGGGAUGAUACGAGAGAGAGACCCCCGCCGCUGAUAGACCGCAUGCCGAUGAGGCACGACGGCCCUCCACCUGCAGGCUUGGAUGGUGAAGGCGAGGCGGCAGGCGGCGCGGGCGCGGUGGGCUGGACGCAGCUGCCGCCGCCGCGACACCCGCCGCCGCACAUGGCGCCGCACUUCCGCGCCGAAUUGAGAAUGAGAGGGCCGCCAAGGCAAGCGAUGGCAGGGCCGUGGAUGGACGGGCCGGGGCCGGGACCAGGGCCUGGGCCAGUACCGGCAUCGUUUGGACCUAGAUUCAACGGCAUGGGACCGCCCUUCAACCGGCCGCCGUUUGAGAGGCCGCCAUUCGAAGGCGGACCCUUGUUCGAAGGACCGCCGAGGUUCGAGCGACCACCGUUCAACAGAAUGCCAUUUGAAAUGAAUCGCCCGCCGUUUGACGGACCGAGGCCGCCAUUUGAUGGGCCAAGACCGCAAUUUGAUGGGCCCAGACCGCCAUUCGAUGGACCUCGACCGCCAUUUGAUGGACCUAGACCUCAUUUCGACGGACCGAGACCUCCGUUUGAUGGACCCCGACCCUUCGACGGCCCACCGUUCGACGGUGACCGGCCAUUCGAUGGCCCGCCACGAUAUGACGGCCCACCAGAAUACUACGAUAGAAAUAACAGGAGAUUCGACGACAGGGAGCAGUAUAAUGACAGAGGGUGGAACGCUGACCGAGAUAGAGAUCGAGACUGGGACCGGAGAAACGACUGGGAGGAUAGGAGGAGAGAUAGGAGACCCAGAGAGCACGACGAUAGAUUUAGGGACAGAAAUGAUCGCAGGAGAAACUUUGAUGACAGGUCUGGAGAGAGAUCAGGUGGAGAUAGACCGGGUGGUGAUCGAUCUAGUGGCGAUAGACCAAGUGCAGAUAGGGCGAGCGGGGAUAGACCCGGUGGCGACAGACCAGUUGGUGAUAGACCAGGUGCUGACAGACCAGGUGGUGACAGACCCGGUAGUGAUAGACCAGGUGUUGACAGACCAGGUGGAGAAAGAACAAGCGGAGACAGAAGGUCUGCUGGCCCUUCAGCUAGGGAGGAACGCAAUCCGAGGCGAGACAAAGACAGGAAAUCGAGGUGGGGCGCCGCUGACGAGGCGGUACAGAUACAACAGGAGAACGUGCCUGAAAAAGCGAACAAUGAGAGUGCAGAGAACAAAGAAAUUGCCAUGGAAAUCGAACAAAAAGUCAAUGACAAUGCCGACGCUGGUCGUGACGAACAAACUACGGCCGCACCAGAGAGUAAAGAGGCCGCCGAAGAGCCAAAAGAAUCUGCAGAAAUAUCGCGACCUACUGAAGCGAAGGAACCAUUCGUUGAUGAACCAGAACAGAAAGAGCGAGAGAGUCAUGCACCACAGGAGUACGAAUCAGCCCCACAGGAGGUCGAAUCAGCGCAACAGGAGUUUGUACCUACAUCUCGGGAGAACGAACCAACUGAAGCUCCUGCAGCCAACGACCCCCCACCCGACUUGUAUGACGCUCACGAAGCGAUAGACACGAGUUUUUCACAACCAACGCCAGCUGAAGAAGUAUACUCAAAACCUGUCGAAAAAGAAUCGACAUCGGAUACACCAGCUGAAAACGCGGAUAUAUUCAGUCAGGAGCCGAUGGAGAAGACGGAACCAGUGCCAGAAAAGGAAGGUACCGAAACAACGAGUACAGAAGAAAUGAAAGAAGGGGCAGCUUGACACCGGAGGAGGUGGAAAGUUGGGUAUUUCCAGUGGAAAUGAUUCGGGUGACGCGAGCCGGCCCUCCGCUUCGGGAGAGACGCGACCGCGCCGAUACAACGCCAAAGAUUUUAUUUUAUACACAAAACAAUAAUGAAAUAUACGAGUGCCUUAUUGGUUACCGAUGUGGUGUUUUGUUUUGCCGCCGGCACGCUCCAGAGAAGAGGAACUAGCCUUGGCACUCAAGUGGAGUGACCCGGGCCAGGUACGGUUGCUAACUGAUAUGCAUUAUAACGCGCGUCUAGAACAAUUGCACUAGUUCACCGUUGCAACAUGAUCGCGUUAAAUUUCCCGUCUUUAUCGACGAUUUCUAUUCUAAUGUCUCUCGUAAAUGCCAUGUUGCAACACUUUGCCUAUAUUUAAUUGCACGAUUGUACUCGGCGGGCGUCACUUUUGUUUAUUUAAAAAUGUCGAAAUGGAUACGUUUAAUUAAAUUAAUUUCGUUUUUAACUUUUACAACGUAAAUAAUACUUAGUAACAAUUAUUUUUGACCUUGUUACCAUUUCGACAUAAUAUAUCGCUAGCAAUGUGUGCAAAAUGCCUCGACGGCGGCCGUGUCACCCGAAUCGCUGGAAAUACGCUGGGAAAUCUACCAACAACACGAUGUGAAGACUCAUCGGCUCCUGAUACUAUAUGCGGAUAAUUCACGUGUCCCAUGUACGACAUUUUUGUUUAAUUUUUUUUUCAAUAACGUCAUGUCUCGAAUUGUAUGGAUUUGCGAUUUCUUUCAUUGCAAUACUAAUUAUGAAAUUAACGUUCUUGCGUCUGCCAAGUCUUUGUGUUUAAAAGAAAAAACAAUUUUAAUAGCAAAAUACAAAAGUUGUAGAGUUAAUUUUUGUGUGACAUAUCAUAACUAUUUAUAAUUUUAUUGCGUGUAUUUAUUGGUUAUUUUAAACGAUGACAAUAUGGUCCCCUUGGGUUCCUUUGUCGCUUCUAAAUACAUGUAAUAAUUUGUCAGAAUGAUUAAUUAAAGUUGUCGCUUUAUAGUGUGGGACUCGCUCCAAGUAACACUAUUACGUCUAUGCACAUUUUUAACUAAAAAUCUUAUAGAAUAUUACGAUUGAAUUGCAAUUGACAUGUCUUAAUCUUUGGUGAAGGUAGAAAAGGGAUUGUGAAAUGAAUAAAUUUAUAUGAUAGAUAAUAAAAUUUAUUUUAUAAACAUAUGGGGAUUAUAGAUUUAGCUUUCAUCAUCACGACUCAUGUUAGUAAGCCUAGGGCACAGCGCAUGAUGCGCUGCCAUAUUGUAUAAUCGUAAUUUCGUGUAACAUAUUUUUAUAACUAGCGGGCGUCGAAAUAAUCGGUAUAUAUCUACUCAAUCAAUAAAUAAAUUAGUAUAAUCUGUAGAUAAGCAAUAUAUGAUAUAAAUGCAUGCUUCAAUGUUUGUCAUAUUUUAUGCUUGAAUAAAAUAAUUUAAAUAAAGUA